CCUAGCCGCGCGGACGGGGGGCGGGGUGGGGGGGGCGGCCUCAUAUGGAAUUUGGACCCCGGCGCUCCCCUCCAGGGCUGGUGUCCCGGCCGCGGCCCUGGCGCAGUCCGCCGCCUCCCGCUAGGCGCUCGGGAGGAGGAGGAGGAGACGCAGCCGGCUGCGCGCGCGGCGGGAGGACCGAGGCUCCCUUCUCUGGGGGGCAGGCGCGCGGAAGGCGCUGGUGACUGAGCGACUGUCGGGGCUGCCUGGGGCCGGAGCUCGGGGCUCGGCGGGCCCGCAGCUGCACGGGACGGACCCCCAGAGUUGGGCAGUUGGGGAGGCCUGCCCGGGCCCCCUGCCCGCGGCCGCCAUGGCGGAGAAUUGGAAGAACUGCUUCGAGGAGGAGCUCAUCUGCCCCAUCUGCCUGCAUGUCUUCGUGGAGCCGGUGCAAUUACCGUGCAAACACAACUUCUGCCGGGGCUGCAUCGGCGAGGCGUGGGCCAAGGACAGCGGCCUGGUGCGCUGCCCGGAGUGCAACCAGGCCUACAACCAGAAGCCGGGCCUGGAGAAGAACCUGAAGCUCACCAACAUCGUGGAGAAGUUCAACGCCCUGCACGUGGAGAAGCCGCCGGCGGCGCUGCACUGCGUGUUCUGCCGCCGCGGCCCCCCGCUGCCCGCGCAGAAGGUCUGCCUGCGCUGCGAGGCGCCCUGCUGCCAGUCCCACGUGCAGACGCACCUGCAGCAGCCCUCCACCGCCCGCGGGCACCUCCUGGUGGAGGCGGACGACGUGCGGGCCUGGAGCUGCCCCCAGCACAACGCCUACCGCCUCUACCACUGUGAGGCCGAGCAGGUGGCCGUGUGCCAGUACUGCUGCUACUACAGCGGUGCGCAUCAGGGACACUCGGUGUGCGACGUGGAGAUCCGGAGGAAUGAGAUCCGGAAGAUGCUGAUGAAGCAACAGGACCGUCUGGAGGAGCGAGAGCAGGACAUUGAAGACCAGCUGUACAAACUUGAGUCGGACAAGCGCCUGGUGGAGGAGAAGGUGAGCCAGCUGAAGGAGGAGGUGCGACUGCAGUAUGAAAAGCUGCACCAGCUGCUGGAUGAGGACCUGCGGCAGACGGUGGAGGUCCUGGACAAGGCCCAGGCCAAGUUCUGCAGCGAGAACGCAGCGCAGGCGCUGCACCUUGGGGAGCGCAUGCAGGAGGCCAAGAAGCUGCUAGGCUCCCUGCAGCUCCUCUUUGACAAGACGGAAGAUGUCAGCUUUAUGAAGAACACCAAGUCUGUGAAAAUCCUAAUGGACAGGACCCAGACCUGCACGGGCAGCAGCCUUUCUCCCCCUAAGAUCGGCCACCUGAACUCCAAGCUCUUCCUGAAUGAGGUGGCCAAGAAGGAGAAGCAGCUGCGGAAGAUGCUAGAAGGCCCCUUCAGCACACCGGUGCCCUUCCUGCAGAGCGUCCCCCUGUACCCUUGUGGCGUGAGCAGCUCUGGGGCGGAAAAGCGCAAGCACUCAACGGCCUUCCCGGAGGCCAGUUUCCUAGAGACGUCGUCAGGCCCUGUGGGCAGCCAGUAUGGGGCAGCGGGCACAGCCAGCGGCGAGGGCCAGUCAGGGCAGCCCCUGGGGCCCUGCAGCUCCACGCAGCACUUGGUGGCCCUGCCGGGCGGCGCCCAACCAGUGCACUCAAGUCCUGUGUUCCCCCCAUCACAGUAUCCCAAUGGCUCCGCCACCCAGCAGCCCAUGCUCCCCCAGUAUGGCGGCCGCAAGAUUCUCGUCUGUUCUGUGGACAACUGUUACUGUUCUUCCGUGGCCAACCACGGUGGCCACCAGCCCUACCCCCGCUCCGGCCACUUUCCCUGGACAGUGCCCUCGCAGGAGUACUCACACCCGCUCCCGCCCACACCCUCCGUCCCCCAGUCCCUUCCUGGCCUGGCGGUCAGAGACUGGCUUGACGCCUCCCAGCAGCCUGGCCACCAGGAUUUCUACAGGGUGUAUGGGCAGCCGUCCACCAAACACUACGUGACGAGCUAACGCCACGCAGGCAGUGGGGCACUGGGGGAUCUUCCCCCCCCCAGCCCCCCCAGUGGCUCGGGAAUUAUGCAUCCAGAGACCUGCCCUUCUACCUUCCUGUCUUCCCUCCCUUCCUCCUUCAUCUCCCCCCAAGUCUUUUCCUUUUGGAUUUUUUGUUUUGGGCUUUGUUUUUGAUUUUUUUUUUUUUUUUUUUUAAAUGAAUCUCCUGGACGCAGACGUGACAGUGAGAGCUGGCCUGGGCUGCAGGUGGCCCUGAGUUGGGAAAACGUCUACUUCAAGGCAUUGAGCUCUCUCUCUGUCUCUCCUUUUUUUCCACUCCUUCCCCUUCCCACCCCCAUGGCUGGAAGGAGCCUCAGCUUCCCCUAAAGCCUUGGGGGAUCCGGGGGAUCCAGCCCUCCUCACCUAGCCCUGGGAGGAAGGACCAGUGGUGCCCACUGACCUGCUUCUCUCGUUUUUCUUUUGGGCGGUUUGAUCACUGACUAAAAAAUGACCUGUAGAUUGUGGGGCUUUUUUUUUUUUUUUUCUUUAAACCAAGAAUGAUUUCUCCUACUUCCUUCUUCUCAACAUCCUCCCAGAUGGAGUUCAAAGGCCACUUCUCAAGCAGCUUUUGGCACCUUCAGCCUCAGAGUGGAAUCUUAAAGACAGGAACCCCAUGUCCAGGAAAGGGGAAAAGGAACUUUGCCAAUGAUAGUGACCACAGCAAAAGCAAAUAAUAAUAUUAAUAAUAAUAAAGAGAAAUAAAAGAAAUAAUAAAAUAAAAAACCAUAGCACAGCCCUUGUUGAGGUCAGUGGGGGAGGAGUGGCUGCCCCGAGUUGGGUCCUUGCCUGGAUUUUGACACAGCAACUUCCUGUAGUGAGCACUUUGUAUGAAUCGUGGACUUCCUGUUCUCAAGGCGCAGGUAUUUAUUCUGUAAUCUGUCUAGAGCACACACCGAAAUCCAACCUUCUAAUAAACAUAAUGGCGCAGUCCCACUCCCUGCCUCGCCUCUUACCCCUCACUCCCCCAGGCCUAGGGUCUUCAGGUGUUGGUACAAGAAAGGGCACUGAGGGAUGGAAGCCCCUGCCUUCUUUGCCUUGGUUCUGUGCUCUGUCUAGACUGUUCUAGGCCUGUGAAUGUCAAUUCGUCAGGCACUAACUACAUCGCCUCUCAGCCUUGGGUUCAUUUGACAAAUAUUUGCUGAGCGAGGGCCUCCCAGUCCCAGCCCCCUGCUUCAUAGGUCCUGGCAUCUCUUUGAGGUUCUGCCAGCAUGUUCUUAGCUAGGACAGACAAAGGAAGAAAUACCUUCCUGUGAGUCUUGCAAAAUUACCUCUUUCAGUCCACAAAUAUUUAUUGAGCACAUGCUAAGUGCCAGGCACUGUGCAGGGCCAUGGGCAUAAACGGAGCAGACCCUCUUUUUUGUAAUCUAGUCUAACUGGGCCUUGGCCCCCAUUGGGGGAGUCACUCAGCUCCAUGCUUCCUGUGGUGACUUGGGCCCAGGCCCACCCUGUGCACAGGAGAAGAGCAGGCAGGAAAAUAUUUGGCUCUCAGAGGCAUGGAGGUAGGGUAGCAAGGUGAAGAAGACAUUCUACCCUCAUCCCCUUUGGCAGAGCUGCACAGUCUCUACUGUGUGUUGGGAGCUUGCUAAAAGGGCUGAUUCCUAGAGUCCGCUUAGCCUCCUUGGGAGCCGUCAAGGGCCCAGGAAUCUGUGUUUUUAACUCCCCAAUUAAAAGAAGU